CGGGACAAAGCCAAAACCUUGAAACCUCUUUUUUUCCCUUCUCCAAAAUUUUCCCCGGAAUAUAUACUUUCCCUCCUCUCUGUUGUUUCCUCAUGAAAUGGGAAAUGGAGGUCGAAGAGAUUGAAGCAGUGCUUGAGAAAAUCUGGGACUUACAUGACAAGCUCAGCGAUGCUAUUCACUCCAUUUCAAGAGCUCACUUUCUCAAUUCAAUCAAAUCCCUCAACCGAAAAUCCCCCGAUACUGAUUUCUUUUCCUGCCGAAAUUCCUCGGAGAAAAAGAAAUUCAAUGAUUCCGAUGUCAAUCAGAGAAGCGGCUUCGUUUUCAUGAAGGAUUUCCGGGCUGACGACAAUGACUCUGCUCUUGAAGAGGCUAAGAGUCUCAAUGCGAUUCGAACAGCCCUCGAGAAUCUCGAAGAUCAGCUCGAGAUCUUCCAUACGGUACAGACACAGCAGAGGGCAGAGAGAGAUGCUGCUGUUGCACGACUAGAGCAAAGCCGGGUGGUUCUUGCGAUGAGAUUGGCUGAGCACCAAGGUAAGAAGUACAAAGUGAUCGAUGAAGCGCUAGCUUUUGUGGGAGAUGUACGUGAUGCUGCUCGCAUUGGUUCACCUGAGAACCUUUAUGCUUCAGCUCCAUGUCAAUCUGGUGAGAACUUUGGGACACAAGAAGGGACAAGGUCUAGUGUUCUCGUUAAAUUUCUCAUGUCUAGUAUUAAUUUUGCCAAGAAAUCCCUUAAAUUGGAUCACAUGGGUGGGAUAUUGGGGAAUGCUGCUUUCUUUGCGGUCAGUAUGAUUGCAUUGCUGCAACUGCAUCAAGUAUCUUGUAAGGACAAAUUCAUUUCAGACCUCCCACAGAGGCAAGAAGAUGUUAUCUACAACAGAAAUGCGAGACGGCUCAAGGGAUCUUCCAAUGGUCUUUCAACCCACUUGGAUGUCUUGUCAGCCAGAGGGUAGGAUUAUUUGAUCCAGUUUUCAUGUUUGAGCUGCUUUAACCUUUGUUGAAUGAUUGAAUAGCUUGGUGUGUGAUGGUUAGGGAAAGCAUGUAGUCUUGCAAUUCGGUAAUACGAAAUGCUGGACCAAUUAGGAAAUCAUAGUAUGAGUGUCAGUUCCAGUUUUUCAAGUUAUGUUAUAUCUGCGAAAUUGAGUGUAUAUAAUCCAGAUGUUCAGUUUAUCUAGUGGUCAAUGGAUACAGAUAUCACUUCUUAUUCUAUUGCAUUGAAAUGUCUUUUGGACAUCAGUGACGUUUUUCAGGCAAUGAAC